GAUCAGGUUCAGACUGAGCUUUUGGGCAUGAUGAAUAAAAAAUGUGCAAGAAAACACAAGCAAGCGAAGGUGGAGGAGAGAGGACACUGGGCCAGUAAGGUGGAGUUUCUCCUGGCUGUGGCUGGAAAUAUUGUCGGACUGGGCAACGUGUGGAGGUUUCCUUACCUCUGCUACAAAAAUGGAGGGGGAGCAUUCCUGGUGCCAUAUCUGGUAUUUGUGGUGACCUGUGGCGUACCCCUGUUCCUGCUGGAGACGACUAUAGGCCAGUACACCCAGCAGGGCGCCAUCACCAUGUGGAGGAAGCUAUGCCCACUGGCAGAAGGUAUUGGCUAUGGUGGACAACUGAUCCUUUUCUACAGCUGUAUGACCUACAUCAUCAUUCUGUCCUGGGCUUUGCUCUACCUGGUGUUCUCCUUCAGCUCACAGCUGCCCUGGGCCAGCUGCAACAACUACUGGAACACAGAUGACUGCAUAGACUUGUCAACACAAAAUAAAACCUCUGAAUGGACCAACCAGACAAACACCACCUCUGCUGCCACAGAGUUCUGGGAACGACGAGUGCUGGCUAUCUCAGGGGGGAUUGAGGAGAUAGGCAGCUUCAGGUGGGAGGUGCUGUUGUGCCUAAUCGCAAUGUGGAUCACCUGCUACUUUUGUGUCUGGAAAGGGGUCCGGUCUACAGGAAAGGUGGUGUAUUUCACUGCUACAUUUCCCUAUGUGAUGUUGGUAAUUCUUUUGAUUCGUGGCCUCACUCUUCCUGGAGCUCUACAAGGAGUAGUGUUUUAUCUUCUGCCUGAACCCUCACGACUCGCAGACCCUCAGGUUUGGAUGGAGGCUGGUUCUCAGAUCUUCUUCUCAUACAGUGUGGGUGUGGGAACCUUAGUUGUGCUGGGCAGCUACAACACCUACAACAACAACUGCUAUAAAGACUGUCUGUGGCUGUGUUUACUGAACAGUGGUACCAGUGUGGUAGCUGGGUUUGCAGUCUUCUCUGUGCUGGGAUUCAUGGCUCACCAGCAGGGUGUUCCCAUUGCAGACGUGGCCGAGUCAGGUCCAGGUUUGGCGUUCAUUGCAUACCCUCAGGCUGUAGCCAUGAUGCCCCUUCCCCAGCUUUGGUCCAUCUGUUUCUUUGUCAUGAUCAUUCUCCUGGGUCUGGACACACAAUUUGUUACCAUGGAGGUUGUGGUGACAUCUUUCAUGGAUAUGUUUCCCACGGUGAUGCGCAGGGCAGGCCGACGGGAACGUUUCCUCCUCCUCUUCUGCCUCAUGUGCUUCUUCUCUCAGCUUGUCAUGAUCACCGAGGGAGGGAUGUAUGUGUUUCAGUUAUGGGACCACUACGCUUGUAACGGAGCCUGCAUCCUCUUUCUCUGUGUGUUUGAAACUCUGGCACUGGGAUGGAUAUUUGGGGUGGAGCGGCUGUAUGGCAUCAUUAAGAACAUGACAGGUGAACACGCCAACCCAUUCUUUAAAAUCUGCUGGCUUUGCCUCACACCGCUGGUCUCACUGGGCUCUUUUAUAUGCUCUUUAGUUGAGUACCAGCCUCUGACCUUUAAUCGCUGGUACGUUUACCCAACCUGGGCAUACGUGUUGGGCUGGGUACUGGCCCUCUCCUCCAUCCUGCUUGUGCCGGGAUGUGCGCUGUAUAAACUGGGAACUGGGACUGGUAGCCUCAGUCAGCGUUUCCAUCAUCUGUGCCGACCUGACCCUGCCUACUCACUGACAGAAAAGAGAGAAACUGAGUUGCAGCACAUCAAAGAGGAAGAUCUGUAACUAAGGUUAUGAUAUUGUAACCCUAGUUCUAUUAGCACAGGCAGAGCCCUCUACUGGACUCUUUGGGUAAUACUCCUCCAGUCCUGAGCAUGCAUUUGCCCACUGAGAUUUGUAUAAACACCAAUCAGGAUGUACUUACCCAAAUACAUGUGGACCCAUGUAUGAGAUACAACUGUUUUCUACCAGCUGAUGUGAAAAGUUACUUGUUCCUGAACUCUGUCAACUGUAAAAACAUGUCUAACAUCAAAGAUCUAGCAAUGAUUGAGCUGGUUACUGAUUGUGAUAUGACUUCCUCUGCUUCUCUACAGUCUGUCUUACUUAAGCUACGUCAUGCUGAUCAUGGAUACUUUACUUGUGUGAUAUCACCGCAAGUGUUGUGGAAAUGUUAAUCAACACAGAUUUCUCCUGUCAA